GAGUACUGGCCAAUUGCACAGCUCAACUCGAGUAAUCUUUUGCAACAUGGAAGAUGUCAACAUCGUUAUAUACCGGAUGGUCCAAGAAGAGGCUUACUCUGAAGAAAUGGCUCUUCUACGACAAGGAAGCAUCUUUCAGCAUCAGCUUACUGAGAUCGUCGACAACGAGAUGAGACAAUUGUACCACAUAUCAGGACUGCGAGCAGGAGUUCGCGACAUAGCGAAAACCUGCCAAAGAUGUCGCAAUAAAGGAGGGCUUCCAGAGGCAACGGAGAUGGGAAGCUACCACCAGAGAGGCUGGCAAUCAACGAAUUGCCAUUCACAAACAGAGGUAUCGACUAAUUUGGACCACUGGAAGUAAACGUAGGAAGAUGACGCGAGCAACAAUGGGGGGUACUAUUCACGUGCCUCACCGUGCGAGCAGUACACAUCGAACUGACAAACUCCCAGUCAACAGACGCAUUCAUGCUCACAUUUGAAAUGUUCGUAGCCCGUCGAGGAGUCCCUAAGAGAAUCGUGUCAGACAAAGGGACAAACUUCCGAGGAGCCAGCCGAUUACUACGAGAAGAAAUCGAAAGAGUCCUACCGAACGAACUGGAAACCAAGUACCCUCAAAUAGAAUGAUCCUUCAUACCCCUAGGAGGA